CGGACGAGCUCAAAAAUCAGAGGUUUCAUUCGUAGAAAAUGGCUACUAUCUGAUCAGUGGCGAGCUAUAGAGAGCAGCCGCAAGCCCACACCGAUGCAUGCCUUUAGACUACUACGAUCGAUUCCAACCAGGCCUCUUUACUCGACGUCCCGAGCUCCAUAUGAUGGAAAAUUUGGAGGCUUAAUCGAUACAUGGACGAAAAGGGUAAAACCUCAAGUGUACAAUUCGCUCUCAAUGUUCAGUAACCGAUUUGGUGUUCGGUCAUGUCAUUGGCAGUUCUCGAAAUUGAAGAAUCGAGGAGAUACUUUUACUUUGUACAAUGCUGUUGGGUUGUCAGCAUUGCUCGGAUCACUUAACUCAUGGCGACAUGAUGCCUAUGCUAUGGACGAAGAAUUUGGUGCUUUGUUGGAUGAUGGUUAUAAGUUGGGCUUAUUGGAAAAUCCCAAAACUAAGAAAGACCACCGGGUUUUCUUGGUCCUACUAAAGAAAUUGGUUGUUCCAAUUUUCCUAGUGGUAACUAUUUUCCUGAACUGGGGUCAUCCUCUGAUAAUUGUUGCAAAAGUCACUCUUACUCUUUACGUGACAAAGCCGAGCCCACUCUCAAUUUAUUUCUUCGUCGAAGAGUCCCUGCAUGCCAAUAAAGUUGAGGUUGAAGAUUAUGGAAUCUUCUGUUUGGCUGACGUGGAAUUGAAAGAUCAGAAGUUAACUGUUUUUGGAUUUCUUGGAAGCUGGUGGGUUUUGCAUGUAUCUUCACCUGAAGAGGGUUUUUCUGCGCUCAAGUCCAGAUUUAGGAACAUUAUGAGUUGAGGAAAAGAUUGCAGUCCGGGGAGCCUGUUUCAGCAGUAUGCCUUUCAUUAACUUGAUGAAAAGUUUCUGUUUUAGCCAUGUUCAGCACUAUGUCUUUCAUUAACUUUGCUUCAAUAUGUACCACUCUGAAUUUUGUUAUUGCUCAAAAUAUGGUGGUUUAGUUGACAUUAAAUUUCAAUGUCAUGCAAUGACAUCGGGUGCCAACAAUGCUCUUUUGGACUCGAAAGUGGUUCCCCUCCCCUAAUUCCCAUGCAUCCCACCAUUGUCCCCGAAAUAUUGUAGGAUUUGUAGCAUUUCGGCAAAAAUGGGGUUUG